CUUCCAGGGGACAGUUAUGAACAUCUUAGGUGUUACUAGUACUGCUCCGCCACGCCCCCCUCCACGUUUGUAAAUAUAAGGACUAAAUCAAUCUCCCUUAAUAAUGCACCUGACGUGAUAGAGGAGCUCAGAACAAGGAGUGGCGUGGCAGGGAGGCUCAGGUGUUCUUGCUUGACAGUCAUUGACUCGUGGAGCUUUGCUCCUGCACUUUUCUCCCUGAAAAAGCUGCCCAUAGACUUCCACCGGGGCUUUCAGAAAGGGCCCGUAGGCACCAGCCACCAGAACUGAUUAUUUCCUAGCAUUCAGAGAGCGGCUGAGCUGUCUCCCAGAGGAGGCUCUGGGAGGGGAGAGCACCAGCUUUGGCAAAAAAGGAGCCAUUCGCAAGCUUCCCUGGCAGGAAACUAGCGCGCGGACAGAACUGCCCAGCCUUGCGUCAGCGAGGGGAGCCCGCGUUGCUCUCCCCAGCAAGUUUCCUAGGAGUGUCCCUUCUCGCCACGGACACUGCGAAGUCUCCAGUUCUCCGACAGACGUUUUUCCCUCGCAGCAGCUCUGAAGUCGAAGUACUCGCCCGCUGGCUGCAGCGCGGAGUGGAGAGGUCCGCGCGCUGUGGUUAGGGGGAGCCCCGCCAGCCAAAUGUCAGGAUCAGCAUGAGAGGCUGGACUUUAGCCCAGGUCUGUCCUCACCCCGGGGGGCUGCCGGCUUUGCAGGGUGCAUCUUCGAGGAGCUGCUCACUUUUUCCCCUUGCAAGCCUUUGUUCCAAGCCUGACGUUGCUACGAUUCUGUAAUUAACUCCCUCCUCUCCAAAGGAGUCUGGAGGCUGGGAUGCUCUGCCAGCUCAGAGGAUGUUGACUCUGGAGUGGGAGUCCGAAGGACUGCAAACAGUGGGUAUUGUUGUGAUUAUAUGUGCAUCUCUGAAGCUGCUUCAUUUGCUGGGACUGAUUGAUUUUUCAGAAGACAGCGUGGAAGAUGAACUGGAGAUGGCCACCGUUAGACAUCGGCCAGAGGCCCUUGAGCUUCUGGAAGCCCAGAGCAAAUUUACCAAGAAAGAGCUUCAGAUCCUUUACAGAGGAUUUAAGAACGAAUGCCCCAGUGGUGUUGUUAAUGAAGAAACCUUCAAAGAGAUUUACUCGCAGUUCUUUCCACAGGGAGACUCUACAACAUAUGCACAUUUUCUGUUCAAUGCAUUUGAUACGGACCACAAUGGAGCUGUGAGUUUUGAGGAUUUCAUCAAAGGUCUUUCCAUUUUGCUUCGGGGGACAGUACAAGAAAAACUCAAUUGGGCAUUUAAUCUGUAUGACAUAAAUAAAGAUGGCUAUAUCACUAAAGAGGAAAUGCUUGACAUAAUGAAAGCAAUAUAUGACAUGAUGGGUAAAUGUACAUAUCCUGUCCUCAAAGAAGAUGCUCCCAGACAACAUGUGGAAACAUUUUUUCAGAAAAUGGACAAAAAUAAAGAUGGGGUCGUCACCAUAGAUGAGUUCAUUGAAAGCUGCCAAAAAGAUGAAAACAUAAUGCGCUCCAUGCAGCUCUUUGAAAAUGUGAUUUAACUUGUCAAAUAGAUCCUCAAUCCAACAGACAAAUGUGAACGAUUCUACCACACUUAAAGUUGGAGCUACCACUUUUAGCAUAGAUUGCUCAGCUUGACACUGAAGCCUAUUAUGCAAACAAGCUUUGUUUUAAUAUAAAGCAAUCCCCAAAAGAUUUGAGUUUCUCAGUUAUAAAUCUGCAUCCUUUACAUAAUGCCACUGAGUUCAUGGGAUGUUCUAACUCAUUUCAUACCCUGUGAAUAUUCAAAAGUAACAAUCUGGCAUAUAGUUUUAUUGAUUCCUUAGCCAUGGGAUUAUUGAGGCUUUCACAUAUCAGUGAUUUUAAAAUACCAGUGUUUUUUGCUACUCAUUUGUAUGUACUCAGUCUUAGGAUUUUGAAUGGUUUUCUAAUAUACUGACAUCUGCAUUUAAUUUCCAGAAAUUAAUUUUCAUGUUUGAAUGCUGUAAUUCCAUUUAUAUACAUACUUUAAGUAAACAAGAUUAUGACAAUUAAAACACAGUUCCAGUUUCUGUGGCCUUCCCGCCUUCUGUUAGAAAUUAAUUUAUCUGGAAUUUUAAAACAACACUUAACAAUUAGUUUAUUAUCAGAUAGCAUAUGCCUAAUAAAACUUAUUUUAAUAAGCAAUUAAUUUUGCAUAAUAUAUUACAGCCAAGGCCUAUAUAAUUUUGGAUUUGUUCAAUCUUAUAGGCUGUUUUCUAUUGUAUCAAGUGGAAGGUCAAGAAGGCAUCAAACAAAACAAGGAUGUUUACAGACGUAUGCAAAGGGUCAGGAUCUCUAUCCGCCAGUAUAUAGUAAUGCUUAAUAACAAGGACUCCUAACAGCAAGGCCAAAUCUGUCCUCUUUCCCCGACGUCCUUACAGCAUGUUUAUAUUACAAGCCAUUCAGGGACAAAGAAACCUUGACUACCCCCAUUGUCUACUAGGAACCAGCAGUAAGCAAAAUUCAUUUGAAAGCACCAGUGAUUCCAUUACACUGAGAAUUACUACCAAGAUUUAGUAGAAAAUAAAUAAGUUCUCAACAACUAAUCCAGAUUACAGUAUGAUUUAGCUCAUCAUAAAAUUCCAACAAUUCAGAUUAUUUUUAAUGAUCUUAACCAAAACUAUAAAGUUGCCACAUUACUAAAGACACACAUCUUCCCUGUUUUGUAGAAAUAUCACAGAGACCAAGAGGCUACAGAAGGAGGAAAUUUGCCACUGUCUUUGCAACAAUAAUCAGGUAUCUAUUCUGGUGUAGAGAUAGGAUGUUGAAAGCUGCCCUGCUAUCACCAGUGUAGAAAUUAAGAGUAGUACAAUACCUGUACACUGAAAUUUGCCAUCGCGUGUUUGUGUAAACUCAAUGUGCACAUUUUGUAUUUCAAAAAGAAAAAAUAAAAGCAAAUAAAAUGUUUAUAACUC